UUACAACAAAUCAUCAUAUUUAAGACAUGCGGUUUCAUGUUUAAAUGGAGGUUUGGUUCAUGAGUUGUGUAAGUAUUGAACACAUUUUUCUUUUUGAAAGUGAAUUGUUUUAUGCAUUAUGGACGUAUAUGCAUUCAAUGACAAAAAUUUUGUAUGGCAUAAAGGAGAGAAUAUAUUGAAGAAUUCGGAGAUAUGAAGGGACCUCCCGUGAAUGAAACUCAUUCUUAUUAUACUCGAAACGUUAACACCUUAUAUGGGUCUGCUGGAAACCAACCAAUUUACACUCCAAUAUUGUUAUGUCGUUUUCACGCUGCCCAAAGAACUGCAAUAAUUUCAAUUAAGUAAACAAAAAUUCAUCAUUGAGUCUCUGAUGCAAUUGCAAAGACUGUAUAUUCAAUACUGACGUUGCCAACAUUAUCAAAUUACAUUUACUGAGCGUUUAUUCAAUAUCGGAAUGUAUAAUAUGUUUUUGAAGGAUUCUGACGAUGAAGAUGAAGACGAAUGGUUUUAUGAUUCUAUCAAGAGAUACAAACAAUUGCGGAUGUUUGAUUUUGAGAAUAUUAUUCAGCAAAUUGAGUUGUCAGAUCCUAGUACCAUUUGUGUGGUGGGUAAACACAAAUCUGGGAAACAUGAGGUCCUUGAACUGUCCUUACCAGAGAAGCUGACUGUGGCCCCCAGUCAUGAGGGGCUUGUAAAGAACAGUGACUUAAAACUGAAAAGUGGAGGCUUCACAGUUGCACCAGUAGUGCAGAUGAAAGUUUUAUGGAAUCAGAGAAGAAUUAUUGUAUCAGAAAAAGAUCAAACUGGUGUUGCAAUAUAUAAUUUAGGUUCAGCAAACUCAGAUCUUAUUACAAGAUUUGGCAGCGUGACUUGUGAAUUUGUUACACCACUUAUGGCACUAAAUAAUCAAGACUUUGUUCUAUUGACAGCAACAACUCAAAGGGAUUUUGUUGUAAUAGAUCUAGCAGUGAAUGCAAUUCUCUAUAAAUUAUCAAUUGAUUCUACAAAUGAAACUGAGUGUGGAUUAGAACCUUCUUUUGUCUCUGAGAAUCUAGCAGCUCUCUGUGAUAGAAACAGUGGGAGUAUUUUCCUACAUGACGUUCGUGCCAGUAAGACAUGCGGAAACUUCUCACCCGAUUUAUUGCAGUAAAUGACCCAAUAUUGUGAUCUGUGGAGCAUAACUGCGGUAAUUUUUGCUGUCAGAGAUCUGGGUGAACCUUGCACGGCUCAUCUCCAUAUUUUGCACGUGUUAUCCUUGGAAGCUGUGAUGAUAAUAUCUCCAUUGUAACUAAAUGCACAUGAAAAUACAUCAUCUGUAUGUCCAUCGAGUAUCUGGAUACAGUUCCCAGUGUCUGCAUUCCACAGACGAGCUGUUCUGUCUAGCGAUGCAGUCAGAAGCCGAGCUCCCGCAGGACUGAAACAUACCUGUCGCUUUCAUCUUUAACAGCUUUUAAAAUAUAAUAAUUUAAACAAAGGAAAAGGUAUAGUUGCCCCUGUAUGCAAGGACCAUGCUACAAACGUAAAGUUCUCCCAGGAGUUUAAUUUUUAUUUUACAAGAACGGGAGACUCCUGCACUACAACGCUGCUAGACUUUAACUUCUUGGUUGAUGGUUUAGUGGUAUUCUAUUGAGACACAGUCAGCUGGGCUCUGUAUAAUCCCUGAUUCACUGCUGAUUAAAGUAUAUUAAGCACCAUGCCAUCCAGACAUGUAGCUUAAUGCUUGCUGCUGCCAGAAAUCAAACCCUGGUUGUCUAACCACACCUAAUCACUUUACUGACUAAAUUAACCCGCUUUACAGAGUGUAAACAAGAUGUUAAUAAAAUGAAAAAUGUUUGGUUCUUGUGCCUGGAA